UCUGGGAAGAACAGACCACUAGCAGACAAGAAGAGACGCUGAGGCACACAGGCAAAGAACAAGCACCAGAGCAGAAGCAAAGCAUGGACGCUCUGAAGAAGGGAUUCUCCAUGGCCAAGGAGGGCGUGGUGGCUGCCGCCGAGAAGACGAAGGCCGGCGUGGGAGAAGCCGCCACCAAGACCAAGGAGGGCGUCAUCUAUGUUGGGAGCAGGACGAUGGAGGGCGUGGUCACAGGUGUCAACACAGUUGCCCAGAAGACGACCGAGCAGGCCAACGUCAUCGCCGACACCGCGGUUACCGGAGCCAACGAGGUUGCCCAGGCAACGGUGGAAGGGGCGGAGCACGCGGCGUUGGCCAGCGGCUUCGUUAACACGGUCGACCUUCCUGCAAAAACAGGAGAAGAGGCUGAACAGGCGGUGCAGUAGGUGAGGUCAUUCAGAAGGACUGAGCAAAGAGAUCCACUGAUGAAGACAAGACAAAUCUUUAUUCUCUCUGUGGCUCAUGUCUCUGACCUCUGACCCUGCAAGACUAAACCUUAACCUCAUUAGCUAAUUUGCCCUCAUCCUUCCACCUGUUGCCAUAGUUACAUAGCAUCCUAGUCCUCCCUCAACACUGCUUGGUUGGUGUGGGAUGACCACUCAGCUCAGGGGUGCUCUAAAACCUGACCCCUGCCUGUCAGUCACCAGGCUAGUCCCGCCCCCAUCCAACAGGUAGCAGAAAGCCGUUUGAGUCGCAUGCUGCUGUCCUGACAGUCUCAGGUGUUAACAAGCUUCAGCUCUAAGUCCUCCUUUCAAAUAAAGACCAGUUUAAAAUCCACCUGCUCUCUUUGUUUUCAUCCUUCAUCACACGUCACCUGCAGGCACAGGCGAGUCUUGGUUCCCACUCCGACGACCUCAGUAUAUUCUGGUUCCUGUUGUGUUCGGUUUUGAUCCGGUUUCCACAGAACCAGUUCAGUCCAGCUUGCUUAGAAUGAUCUGACUUCCUGCCAUCGCAAGAUGGGACGGUCGGUCAGAAACAGUUAGAAACUGAAACAUGACUUUUCAAUGUAAACACACUGAGCUGGGCCAGAACCAGAACCUUGAGCCAUGUGUUCUGUUGCAGCCAGUUGUUGUUCUGUCCCCUUUCAGUAACUUGUGGUUUAUUAUGGCGUAGCAGAGUUACAACCUGAGGCCGCCUCACAAAUAAGAUGUUGAGUUUCCUUCAUCAACAGAAAACAAAAGACGAGUUACUGUGAAGACCUGGCAGAAGACAAACAUGAGUGUGUGGGUACGAAGCGACAGCUGUUUCCAGAAUCUCUGACACAGUGUGAUGAGGUGCAGCACAUCAAACUGCUCCUUCCUCUGCCUGAGGCAACAGCCAAGCACCUGUUCCACCAUCAGCAGCAGAAGCAGCCGGUUUGGCAGCUUCUGGAAUGACAUUCAACAAAACAAGACACAGAUCAGAAGCGCCUGGUGCCCAUCGCCCGGAGCAACCCAGAGCUCGGAACAUGAAGCGUCUGCGCAUCACCACAAACAUCGCUGUGGUCGGGUCUGCAGCAAAACCUGAUUCCUCUGCCGGGCGAGACCAGAGAGGCGCUCCCGCCUCUAUAAGGGCCCACGGGUCUGUGGGGCGUCAGUCUGAAGAGCAGCAGACAUGGAGAACCUUUUCAAAGGCUUCGGUGGCGGUGGCGGUGGCGGUGGCGACGGCAUUGCAAAGUUGGCUGGACAGAAAGUGGGUUGUGCAGUGGAGCAAGGUGUAAAGCACGUCAUGAGUGGAGGAAACAAAGGGUCCAAAAAGGAUGAGAACAAGGCAGGAGGGGGAGCAGGAGGAGCGGGAGGAGGAGGGGGAGGAGGGGGAGGAAUGGGAGGCUUUAGUGUUGAUGACGCCCUCGCAUUUGUCACUAAGGAUAAGAAGAAGGGAGCGGGAGGAGCGGGAGGAGCGGAAGGAGCAGGGGGAGGAGGGGGAGGAGGGGGAGGAAUGGGAGGCUUUAGCGUUGAUGACGCCCUCGCAUUUGUCACUAAGGAUAAGAAGAAGGGAGGAGGUUCUGGCCCAGGGGCCGCUCCUGCGCCUCAGGGUGAAAAGCCAGAUAACACAGAGUUCAGUCUGGAAAGUGGCCUCGACGAUGGCAACUAGAACAAGAGGGUUGAAUGAGGCGGACCCCUGCUGAGCACAUCCACAGCUGGGGAAAGCUGCAUGCGCUAAACCCACACUCUUCAGCUGAAGUCAAAGGAUCGUCCUGUAUCAACACAGACACUGUUGCUUUUUAAACUAUUAAGGCUUUUGGUACUGGUGGAAAUGCUAAACUACUAAUCUGCACCUCUAAUGUCACAUAUGCUCUGUAUUAGUGCUACCAACUCCAGCUUCUGGUCAAAUGAAAAACAAUAAAGUCUAACAUAAAUCUAAGAGAA